AUGGAUCCCACACCUAAGUACAAUAAAAGAAAAAUCGCAAAUAAUGAUAAACAAAUUGAACAACAUAGUCUCAAGGACUUGGAAUAUGAAGGGACAACUAAUAACAACAGAGCGAUAGAAAGGAUGAUCCUUUAUGGAUGUCCUAUUUGCCACAAAAGGACGGCACGAAAAAGUCAAAAGCUAACACAGAUACAAAGAGGAGCGCUCCUCAGUAUCACAAAAGCUUAUUCAACAACGCCGACAUCGGUUCACCAGGUCCUUUCGGGCAUAUUACCCAUGGACCUGAGAGCGGAAAUGGAAAGGAAAAUCUACAGACUAAUCCACUUCAAGGAACAUAUGAAAAUAGGAGAUUUAAUAAUAUGGGCACAUGAAGUUGAGGAACGCCUUCCGGCUCUUCACACACACCCAGCAAAAGCAGCAAGAAUAAAAUGGGGAAAAGACCCGCUAAAAGGGAAAGAUCUAGAAACAUACACGGACGGUUCCAAAAUGGAGGACAAGGUAGGAGUGGCGUUUGUAGCUUCCUUUAACAAUGAAGAAAUAUACAGGGAACAAUACAGGCUGAAUGAUGAAGCCACAAUGUUCCAGGCAGAGGUGCUAGCACUCAAAAGAGCACUCCUCUGGAUAGAUCAAAGGAAAGAAAAUCCCCAAAGGAUAUUCACAGAUAGUUUAAGUACACUACAGAUAGUUUAA